CCGGGAGUUCGUUAUUUCCUAAUUGUCGACCGUGGGGCUCUGGAACUAUGGCGCCUGGACUUGAAGGUGGGUUGCGUCGUGAAUCGAGUCGUAUUCAAGAAAGUAAUUCUAGAAGAAUCCUUGACAACGCUGCGCGAAUUCGACGUUUGAAUCGACAGCUUGAGUCGUUGGAGAAAGAUAAUUACCAGGAGGAUCCUCAUACAAACUUGUCCAGUACGAAGAAAAAGGGUCCAAGAUUUGGAAUUGAAUCUGAUGAAGAUAACGAAGAUACAGAAGGACCAGCAGUCAAAAAGAAAAAGAAGACUCGAGGUGAUUUUUAUAAACAAAGAUUCAGAAAAAAUAUAUCCGCUUUGCUUGAUGAAGAGCGCAUUCGUCUGCAGGACAAGGACAAAACGAGACCAAACUAUUUUGGUGCAGUAGCACCACUUUCCAAGUUUCCUCAAAGACACUUUUGUGCAGUUUGUGGAUCUUUGUCCAACUAUACAUGUGUGUCUUGUGGUGCAAGAUAUUGUUGUGUAAAGUGUCUUGGAACCCAUAGAGAUACACGUUGUUUGAAGUGGACUGUGUAAUCAAAAGCAUAAUGGCACAAAGUAUCA